CCCUCGGUGUCCCCUGUGCCCCCGCAGAGCCACCAGGCCAAGUUCGUGACGUGGCAGUUCGACGGCGAGUACCGCGGCGACGACUGCACGGCCACGCUCACGCUGGGCAACCCCGACCUGCUGGGCGGCUCCGUGAUCGUGGUGGCCCAUUUCCUGCAGAGCGUCACCGCCCGCCUGGUGCUGGGGGGGGAGCUCGUGUACCACCGGCGCCCCGGCGAGGAGGGGGCCAUCCUCACGCUGGCAGGCAAAUACACGGCCCCUAAGUGGGUGACGACGCUCAACGUGGGCUACGGGGGGGCCCACGCCAGCUACUACCACCGGGCCAACGAGCAGGUACAGGUCGGGGUGGAGCUGGAGGCCAACACGCGGCUGCAGGAGACGACCUUCGCCUUCGGGUACCAGCUCAACCUGCCCCGCGCCAACGUCGUCUUCAGAGGUGGGCGAGGC